CCGCGGGACAGGAAGUCGACGGCAGCUCGCUCCCUUUUGACCAAUUAGCGCCGCGUCGCGUGACGUCACGAACCGGAUCAAAGAGGCAGCCGUGGCCACCUUGCGGACAUCAGAACGGGAUGUGGGGGGUCAGGAUCUUGUGAGCGCCGCCUCGGUGAGGAGGAAAAGUCACGCCGAAAACAAAGACGCGGGCGGACGGGCGGACGGGCGGACGACGACAACUUUCAGUCUGGUCUGGUAAGGCGACAAAUCGAUUCCGACCCGACAAAGAAGAAGAGCAAGAAGACUUGACCCGGUCGGUGGAAGGUCACGUUAGAAAUCGCUGAAUAAAGUCAGAACGGCAACAACGGACAAUAAUGGAGAAAAGUUGAAGCGAGCACCCAAAGUUUCCGGAGCCUCAGCGAAAGUACACAAGAUGCGUCAAAUAAGCGCUUCGCCCCUCGAUUGACAAGAAAAAACGGAUCUUCCACGGCCAACGAAUCCAAACGCAGAAAGCGAAACGUUUGAGUCGCUUUCGGUGUCGGGCCGCCGAAUGAAGGUCGCCAGUCGCUGGGAUGGGCGACCAAUCUUUUCUCGCUCGGCCUCACUGGCGUCAACCCAUCGACAAAGGUACUUUGUGAGAGCUUUCCGGAAUGAUUACUUGAAGAAGAAGUGGGAUGAUUUGAAAAUGUUUGUUGUCAAGUGGGCAAAUUUGUAGCGUCAGAAAUGUUUGAAUCCCGGGCCGAGCUCAGGAGCCCGAUCGGCCCGCCGCCGGCUAGUGGCAACUCCCGGAGCCCGAGCGGAACCGGAGGACGUGCGCUUCGUACUUUGUGUCAGGACGGGUGCACGUUACUUUUAUGUCGCUUAAUCAGCCACAUUCCUUUUCAAAAAUAAAAAUAAAUGUCCGUUUGUGCGCUCAGGCACAGUCCCCCGCCCCCCCGCAGAGCGUUUCUGUCAGUUUUGGGAAGGACGAAUGCGGACCCGGGCGGUGUCCGCUUUCAUCCGAGAAAGACGCCCGUUUGUUUGCGGCGGCAGGAAACAAGAUCCGGUCGGGACUGAAGACCCAGCAGCUCACAUGACCUCUAAUCUCCUUCUUUGUCUCCGCAACUCUCAGCCCCUGCAGGCGCAACUGCAAACGUGGGGGGCGCACCCCCCGCCCCCCCCUUCAGCGAAAGUUCCAAAUCUUAAAACAUUCAAAUUCAACACAGCAAAGCUCCUGAAUCCCGGACCCGCUCGCGUGGCUUUUCCUCCCGCAUAUCCAAAACAUGCAAGAUCCAUUGGAGGCUCUAAAUUGACCCCCCCCGGGCGUGAUCGUGAGUGCGACUGUCGUCUGUCUCCUUUUGCCCGUUGACAGCUGCGAUAGGCGACUCUCGUGAGGAUAAGCAGCUCCCAAAAUGGACGGAUUUCUCAACAAUUAAAGUCAAAUGGAAAGCGCACUUGAAUCACUUUGCUGAUAAUACCAGUCGGAAAAAGCCAGCUGGGAGCGUUUUUGAAAAGCGCAAAGUUGCGUCAAUCCGAUUCGACACAACGCGCGUCCCGGCGGCGGCCAUAUUUGUCUGCGACGUCACGUCGGAGCAUUGAAAAGACGAUUUUCGGAUUUUUCUGACGUCCCUUCUGGGGCCGAAGAAGAGAACAUCUCGGAGGGGGCCGGGGCCAUUUUCACCAGAUCCUUUCGAGACGAUACGCGGAUCACUUCUCCACUGACGAGGGACGCGAUGACAUUUUCUAAACGACUGGCCCCUUCGCCUCCGGCGCACGCUUGCGCCCCGGCGCCUCAGCCGAGGAGGGCGACGCCCGCCUCUCCGGGCGACGACCCGACGGAGCGCCGUCGCCGUGACAGCGACGACCUCAUCAAGCCCAGGAAGUUGCUCAAUCCCGUCAGAACGUCCAGAAGUCACCAGGAACUCCACAGAGAACUUAUGACCAGCUGCAAACGAAGCGGCGUCCGCGUGGAGAGCAGCAAGCCGGAACUCGAGCGGGUUCUGGAGUGUCGACGGCGAGAUCGGAUGAUAAAAGAAAGAAAACAGGAGGAGGAAGCGCGCAGGAAGAUUUCGCCUCUGGAAGCAGAACUCAGGAAGAGACACCAAGCGCUGGAAGAGUUGGAAGCGGAGCAGCAGAGGGCGGAGCGCCACAAACGCUCGGCUCCCGAAUUCGUCAAAGUCAAAGAGAACCUCAGGAGGACGUCUCACGCCGGCAGAGACGAGAAGCAAGUCUGACGGCGGCGGACGGACGAGGAGGCGUCCGGCACCUCUCGUGGGUGGCCUCUCCCGCCUGGACAUUUGGGCGGGCGGGCGGGCGGGCGGAUGGGCCGCCGCCGCCGCCGCCGCCAAGAGGAGAUGAAGCGUGCGAAGGACGCCGGCCGACGGAGCGGUCGACGAGAACGCAUCGAGUGCGGAUUUUGGAAUCCGUGGGAAAAGUGGCGAUAUCGUAACAGGCCGGGAAAAUCCAAAUCUCGGCUCGUCAGCGCUUCUAAUAUUGAUUACUCCGCCACCGGGAAGAACGGGCAUCUCGAUCGGAAAAUUCCGACAAGUCAAUGUCAACUGAUCAUAAUCGUGUCGCCUGAUUAUUAAAAUGAAGGCUCAUCACACCUUUGGCGACCUUCAUUUCUACAUUCCCAUCUUCAACAAAUUUGAAAUACGUAAAACAUUAAAAGCAUUCCGGCGACGUACUGUCACUCGAAAGUCUUGACCGCCAGGUGUCGCUGUUUGACCUUUUCCCUCCUCCUCUCGGCUAGUCAAGCGCUUGAAAGACUCUCACAGGAAGUUACUGUUAAUUUUCCAUUGUCGUCCAAAUGCAAAUUUUCCACGACAACAAUGACACCAUUUUAACCACGAAGAUUUGUCGAGACGGUCCAAAGCGUGUUUAUUCAAUUUAUUUGAACGCAUCUUUAUAGGGCUUGGAAUGGGUUUUACUUUGAAACAAUUUACGGAAACGACGUACGCGCAUUUGAGAGGGGCUCGACGACACUUGCCGCAGGGCGGCGAGUCCACAAAAAAAAAAAAAAAAAGCACCCGAGCCAACCCGAGCCGAGCCCCGAGCGAGUGUUGCGCUCUUCGCCGGUUCGGAACCUCCCGAGGUCGGAGAAACAACCGCCGCCUUAUUGUUCCACCCAGCGACCGGCCACGGACCGCUCGGAGGAAGCACACGAGGAUUAAUCCCGCUGGACCGGAAAGUGUCGCUUCGACCACUCUGCUGUGAUUUUAAUUUAUUGU